AUGGAGGCGGCGGCGGGCGGCCGCGGCGGCUUCCAGCCGCACCCCGGGCUGCAGAAGACGCUGGAGCAGUUCCACCUGAGCUCCAUGAGCUCGCUGGGCGGCCCGGCCGCCUUCUCGGCGCGCUGGGCGCAGGAGGCCUACAAGAAGGAGGGCGCCAAGGAGCCGGGCGCGCCCGCGGUGCCCGCGCCGGUGCCCGCGGCCGCCGAGCCGCCGCCCGUGCUGCACCUGCCCGCGCUGCCCCCGCCGCCCGUGCUGCCCGGGCCCUUCUUCAUGCCGUCCGACCGCUCCACCGAGCGCUGCGAGACCGUGCUGGAGGGCGAGACCAUCUCGUGCUUCGUGGUGGGCGGCGAGAAGCGCCUGUGCCUGCCGCAGAUCCUCAACUCGGUGCUGCGCGACUUCUCGCUGCAGCAGAUCAACGCGGUGUGCGACGAGCUGCACAUCUACUGCUCGCGCUGCACGGCCGACCAGCUGGAGAUCCUCAAAGUCAUGGGCAUCCUGCCCUUCUCCGCGCCCUCGUGCGGGCUCAUCACCAAGACGGACGCCGAGCGCCUGUGCAACGCGCUGCUGUACGGGGGCGCCUACCCGCCGCCCUGCAAGAAGGAGCUGGCGGCCGGCCUGGCGCUGGGCCUGGAGCUCAGCGAGCGCAGCGUGCGCGUGUACCACGAGUGCUUCGGCAAGUGCAAGGGGCUGCUGGUGCCCGAGCUGUACAGCAGCCCCAGCGCCGCCUGCAUCCAGUGCCUGGACUGCCGCCUCAUGUACCCGCCGCACAAGUUCGUGGUGCACUCGCACAAGGCCCUGGAGAACCGGACCUGCCACUGGGGCUUCGACUCGGCCAACUGGCGGGCCUACAUCCUGCUGAGCCAGGACUACGCGGGCAAGGAGGAGCAGGCGCGGCUCGGCCGCUGCCUGGACGACAUGAAGGAGAAGUUCGACUACGCCAACAAGUACAAGCGGCGGGUGCCCCGGGUGAGUCUCCUCGAGCCCCCAGCUUCCAUAAGGAAAACAGACGACGCCCCCUCCCAGCCCCCCACGUCUGCGGAGAAGGACAAGCAGUCCGGCUGGCUGCGGACCCUCGCCGGCUCCUCCAAGAGCUUGGGCUGUGCACACCCGCGCCCGCGCCUCUCUGCCUUCCGGCCCUGGUCCCCCGCGGUGUCCACGGGCGGCGACAAGGAGCUCUCCCCGCACCUCCCGGCCCUGAUCCGAGACAGCUUCUACUCCUACAAGAGCUUCGAGACGGGCGUGGCCCCCAACGUGGCGCUGGCACCCCCCGCCCCGCAGAAGGUGGCGGGCAGCCCGCCCCGCAGCACCCUCGGCGCCCGGCCCCCCGAGCCGCUGCCCCCGUGCGUCCAGCCCAGGAAGCGGAAGCUGGCCGCGGACACCCCCGCAGCCCCGGAGAGCGCGGCGCCCGGCGCGGCCCCAGAGGACGACAAGGACUCGGAGGCGGAGGUGGAAGUGGAGAGCAGAGAGGACUUCACCUCGUCCCUCUCCUCGCUCUCGUCUCCGUCCUUUACCUCAUCCAGCUCCGCCAAGGACCUGAGCUCCCCGGGCCUGCACGCCCCGCCCGCGGCCAGCGCGGCCGACGCCGCGGCGCCCGGCGAGGCCCCGAGCGGGGGGCUGGAGGCGGAGCUGGAGCACCUGCGGCAGGCCCUGGAGGGCGGCCUGGACACCAAGGAAGCCAAAGAGAAGUUCCUGCACGAGGUGGUGAAGAUGCGCGUGAAGCAGGAGGAGAAGCUGAGCGCCGCGCUGCAGGCCAAGCGCAGCCUGCACCAGGAGCUGGAGUUCCUGCGCGUGGCCAAGAAGGAGAAGCUGCGGGAGGCCACGGAGGCCAAGCGCAGCCUGCGCAAGGAGAUCGAGCGGCUGCGCGCCGAACGAGAACGAAAGAUGAAGGAGGCCAACGAGGCCCGCCUGCGCCUCAAGCGCGAGCUGGAGCAGGCGCGCCAGGCCCGCGUGUGCGACAAGGGCUGCGAGGCCGGCCGGCUGCGCGCCAAGUACUCGGCGCAGAUCGAGGACCUGCAGGUGAAGCUGCAGCACGCGGAGGCCGACCGCGAGCAGCUGCGCGCCGACCUGCUGCGGGAGCGCGAGGCCCGGGAGCACCUGGAGAAGGUGGUGAAGGAGCUGCAGGAGCAGCUGUGGCCGCGGCGGCCCGAGCCCGCGGGCGGCGAGAGCGCGGCCGAGCUGGAGCCCUAG